GUCCAACUAAGUAUGCACAUUGUUUUAAGUAAUCAAAAUCUUCAAGUAGAUUUGGUUGUCUAAACUUUGUAGCUAUUCUUAACUAAUGUUAAGACCAUGCAGCGAACCAAGGGAACAGAGGCACUAUAAAAUCUUCAAGAAUCUAACGAGAGAUCUGUUGAAAGAUUAGAUUUUUGGGUAUGGAGCCAGGGAACUGGGAGAUCCAAGCAUAGAUACAUCACCCCCGGACAUGUUUUUGCCAUUUUUGUUUAGAUAAACAAUGGACUUUCAUUGUUUAUUAACUUUAACAUGUUACUCUUUCUGAAUACAAAUGUAAUUAACUUCAGUAGAGAGAAUCUAUUGAUUACUUUCAGAAAUACAUAUUCUUAAGUCUUUGAAAUAUUUUUUUCCUGAUGCAUACGGCUCCAGAUUCGCAGACAUAACUGAGGAUGUUUUUGAUAAAGAAUCUAUCUACUAGGUCAAAAUAAACUGCCAAAAACUAAGAUUAAUUCAUCAGUAGCACCUGUAUGUUUUUAAUUGGUUUCAUGUGGCAUUGCAAAGUUGGAAAAUUAGCAAAAGAUGUUGCAUUCCUCAAGAGCAUGUGGUGUUGUACCCUGUGGUGACCAAUGAUUUAGGAAGUAUCAAUCAUGUUUAUUAUUGUUCUCAAGGUGAAGUCACGUGUAGAAGGUAUGAAUCAUGUGCACCUGUGUGUGUUCUUGAGCCCAGUUGCCUAUUUCGUGCAUGUUGUUUCAGAUGAUCAUGCUUGCAUAAGUCGAAACUUGUAAGUUCAAGUACAGAGAAUGGCUAGACGCAGAGUUGCUAACGAGAAACUUAAGAGGAGUGUUUUAAUUCCUCUGGUUCUUUCUUAGAUUUUGAGAUAAUCGUUUCUUUAAUCUUCUCUGCUAGCAACGUUGGCUGGGCUUCGAAUGGAAGAAAGCGUAGCCUUCCCAAUCAAUUGCUGCACGCAAACCAUCCCUCUCGUGGACAAAAAGAAUCUCAUUCAUGGCGAUGAACACGCUGCCAUUGAAGAGCUUGAACGCCGAAUUUGGAGAGACGAGAUGCUGCUGAAGCGCUUGAAGGAGCAACGGCAGAACCAGCACAAGGUGCAAGGCGGAGACUCCGCAAAGAACGAGCAAGCCCGACGGAAGAAGAUGUCUCGCGCCCAGGACGGCCUGCUCAGAUACAUGCUCAGAAUGAUGGAAACAUGCCGCGCCCAAGGAUUCGUAUACGGUAUAAUUACAGAGAAGGGGAAGCCUGUGAGCGGCGCAUCCGACAAUUUGAGAGGCUGGUGGAAGGAAAAGGUCAGGUUCCACCGCAACGGGCCUGCAGCUAUCGCAAAGCAUCAGGCUGACAAUGCAAUUCCGGGUUCAGAUGGCGGCGCCGCGAAGCCCGGUGCUGCGGCAGGGCCUCGUAUCUUGCAAGAGCUGCAAGACACGACUUUGGGCUCGCUCCUGUCGGCCCUCAUGCCGCAUUGCGAUCCGCCUCAGAGAAGGUUUCCCCUGGAGAAGGGAAUCGCGCCGCCUUGGUGGCCGACUGGGGAAGAGGACUGGUGGCCCCAGAUGGGGACACUCGCUGACCGAGGCCCGCCGCCGUACAGGAAGCCCCACGAUCUGAAAAAAGCUUGGAAGGUCAGCGUCCUGACUGCUGUAGUCAAGCAUAUGCUGCCUGAUAUCCACAAGAUCCGUAGGAUGGUGAGGCAGUCCAGGCGCCUUCAGGACAAGAUGACGGCCAAGGAGAGCGCGGCAUGGCUGGCUGCCGUGAAGCAGGAGGAAGAUGUGUACGCGAAGAACAAGCUCCAGUUCCCUUUGUCGUGUAGCUCCCAGACGAAUCCAAGUCCCAUCGACAUUUCUAGUCUGGGAAUUUCUUCCGACGGACAGAGAUCGAUCAGCGACUUGAUGGGGUUCUAUGAAAACGAGAUCAAUGACGACGAGCCCAUGAACUCAAGUCCUCAAGACAAACAUUUUCAGCCUGGGAUUCAAACAGAUGGCAGAGUGAGUCGCUUGAUGCCAGUUUUUGAGUAGAGAUACAAGAACAAAAUCGGCGAAAGCUUCUCUUCUGGUAUCAGUGACAUAUCAUUUCAUAAGACUGGAGCUUCCAACUGGUUUUAGUGAGGAAAUUUGGCAAUGGCAGCUUCGAUGGUGAGUAAUGUUGUUAGCUCAUCCUGUACUAAGAAUCUACUUUAGAUGCUAGUGCUCGGCUCUGGAGCUUGUUCGAGCUUGCUUUGUACCGAAUCUAAUGCACAGA